AUGCGAAGGGCACCACAAUGGAGCAUAGAUCUUGCAGGAUCUCUGCAGUGUCCCGACUGCGUUGAGGCGCAGCGGCCUCAGCCUCAACCACCUGCUUCGACAAAGCCAGUUCCUCAGCUUUGGGAAAUUGUCGGAACAGAUGUUUUUGAAUUUGAACAUGAAAAGACAAAAGACAAGCUGGUGAUUUGGAGAGAUCGUGCAAGUGGAUAUGCGUAUGUGGAGCAUUUGCAAGAGUACAAGAAAGCAUGGGAGCCUAAGACUUCUCACAUCAUCAACUCCUUCCUGAACUGGUUGAUGGUGAAUCCAUGUCCCAUGUGGCUGAUGCCAGAUGCGGGAACAAUCUACACUUCUGAGGAGUUUCUCCGCUUUGCCUCCCGCUCUGGAAUUGGGGUUAUGACAGCUCCGGCAGAAGGAUUUUUGAAGGAGCACUCAGACCUCACUGUUCCACAAGCCUUUGCCUUAGCCGUGCACGGCCACAACAACGUGAUUGGCCAGAGCGGCUACAGCCCGUUCCAGUGGGUGCGAGGAGCCUCUAGCUCACAAGAGGAUUUGCUGCCUGGUUUGAACCCCAAGAAGGCGUUCAGCGGUCUCCUGAAGCUUAAGGAGGUCAUUGGACCGGACCUAACCGAGUCCUUCUUCAAGAAGGCCACAGUCAUUGGAGCAGCUGUUUACCGUCAACCAGUGACGGUGGAAUCAUUGCUUCGCGACUUCGCUGGAAGACACUACACCAACAUUACUGGAGAAGUUCCAUCAACAAGACAGACGGCUGAAGAUGUGACUGGUGCAGAUGUUCAGGUUGAAGCACGACCUUCCAAGACACUGAAGAGAACAUGGCCACAAGGCGCUAAGCGCAAAGAUCAUCCUGAGGAUGCUGAUGAUGAGGAGACCCCACAGGCUGCCCCACAGACCUCCAAACCGCCGAAUCCCAACCAGGAAAACAUUCCAGGUGAAGCCAUUCUGCAAGAGACUCUAGGUGAAGCCUUGAAGAAACGAGGCCCAGAUGUCGUCGAUGGCAUUCCACCCAACUCAGAUGUACAGACAGGCAACACAUGUCCUGUAGCACAAUGCACUCUGCCUGGAGGGCACAGUGGACCGCAUGAAGAUGAGACUGGACGCAAGUUCACUUGGACGUCAUAUGGCGGCAGGAUUUCUCUGGAGGAGGAUUCUGAUCCAGGUGACAGUUCGUCAUCAGAAGAGCUAGACGAUGUCAAGUUUUUGGAGAAGCGGCCUCACAAGGCCACAGCCUGGAUGAGCAAGAAGAUGGCAGAAAAGUCAAAGGAGCAUCAAUGGAGUCAGCUGAGCAUGGAGCGAAAGAAAGAUUUCGACAUGGCUCAGGCCACAGAACUUUCCAGCGUCCUUCAGAGCCGGGCACUUAGGAGUUUGACGUGCCAAGAAUGGAAGGAGAUGGAUUGGAAGAAAGUAAUGCAGAUGCGAUGGGUGCUUACCACCAAGGCCAAUGGAGCGGCGAAGGGCCGAUUGGUCGUUUUCGGUUGUCAAGCACACAGCAUCACUUCUGUAUCCGCAUCGGCACCAACCAUGGCGAGGACAUCUUGCAACACUCUCCUCAUGACAUGUGCCAAUAGAAAGUUUAGGGUGCCUGCUGGAGAUGUCACUUCGGCAUUUCUCCAAGCCCCUCAAGAUUUAGAAGGUGAAGAACUAUACGUUUGGGCACCAAGCGAAUUGGCGGUGCUAUUUGGAGCACCACCGUCCAAUCCAGUCAUGUCCUUGAAGAUCAGAAAGGCCUUCUACGGGCUGGUUCAUGCACCACGUCUUUGGCAUGAUCAUGUGGCGAAGACCUUGCUUCAGCAAGGUUGGCAGCGUUUAGCUUCAGAUCGAUGUGUUUUCAUUCUUCUCAGUAAUUCGUCAGAGCUGAUUGGCAUUGCAGGUUUACAUGUUGAUGACUUUUUGAUUGGAGGACGCGAUAGUCACGAGAAAUUUGAAGCUGCCCGUAAGGCCCUUGAGGGUGCCUUCAGAUGGAACAAAUGGGAGGAAGAGUCCUUCACGUUUGCUGGUUUCAAAAUCACACAAGCCAGCGGCUAUACUACCAAGAUUGACCAGAAUGAGUACACUGAGAAGUGGAUUGAUGAGAAUGAGAUUUCCAAAGAAAGAAGUGCAAAUCCAAAGCUGCUUGCGACGCCGGAAGAGAUCACCCAAUUACGAGGAGUGAUUGGAUCAGUAGCAUGGCGUUCAUCACAAUCAAUCAAGUCCACUAUAUCAAGCAGAUGUUUGUCUUUUGCUUUCUGA